AAUAGUCGCUGCGAAAUGGGCUUGGGUAGAACUUGGAUAAUACUGGGGCUGAUUGGGAGCAUCGCCUGUCUGAGUAACGCUGAGCCUCGAUUGCUCGGCUCCGAAGAGGAUGCCUCACUGGACGACGAUAACCUGAGCUUCCUCAACAGCAAAAGCCAGAAGUUCGCCUCCUCCGCGACUACGAUUAUCGAAAACGACCACACCUUAAUAUACGGUUCGGGCGAUAACAACAAAAUCACCUACAAUGGGCACAGAUUCGUUGUAGACCAUGGUAUCAUUAAGCUGUUUGAAGGCUCCAAAACGUACACGUUCCGACCCCUUGGAGCCAAUGUGGAGAAGAGGCAAUCGAUCGACUUUAACGGUCGCCCAGCCACAGUGCAGCUCUCAAACGGCAAUGUGUUUGUUUAUCUCCCCGAUGGAACGGUGAUGGGCAGGAUCGGCAAUAGUUACUUUGUGGGAGACCGCUAUGCUGUGGAGAACCGCGACAGGAUGAUACGCAAUAGCAAUCUCUAGAUUAUACUGGGUAGCAAAAUGCAUUCAACAAAAGUGACUCAAAUAAAGUUUAUUGACGAGCUAAAA